AAGACCUGCAGCCCAAAGCAAUUUGUGUGUAAAGAUGGGGUGACGUGCAUCUCGAAGGGAUGGCGCUGCGAUCGGGAGAAAGACUGCCCAGACGGCUCUGAUGAGGAGCCUGAUGUCUGUCCACACAGCACUGUGUCACGGUGCCCUCCCAAUGAAUACCAGUGUGGAGGGACGGAGCUCUGCAUCCACAUGGCCAAACUGUGCAACGGUGUUCCAGACUGCACUGACGGCUGGGACGAGGGGCCACACUGCAGAGAGUUCAUAUCCAACUGCUCGCUCAUGGGAUGUCAGGAACACUGUGCAGUGACUCCUGGAGGGCCUGCUUGUUACUGUAAAGGUGGUUAUGAGAUCAGCGCAGAUGGAAAGAUGUGUAAAGAUUUUGAUGAGUGCACAGUGUACGGGACCUGCAGUCAGUCCUGUACUAACACCGAAGGCUCUUACACCUGCUCCUGUGUGGAGGGCUACCUGUCUCAGCCAGACAAUCGCUCCUGCAAGGCCAAGAAUGUACCAGUAGAUCGUCUGCCUGUACUGUUGAUUGCCAACUCCCAGAACAUCCAAGCCACCUCUCUGAGUGGCACCACAGUCCACAGCCUACUGUCCACCAGCACCAAACAAACCACCGCCAUGGAUUUCCUCUAUGCCCAGGAGACAGUCUGCUGGAUCCACGUCGGGGACUCCCCCUCAUCCACAAACCUCAAAUGUGCAAAGAUCCCCAAUCUGAAGAGCUUUGCAGAGGAGAGGGUCAUCAACAUUUCCCUCAGCCUGCACCAUGUGGAGCAGAUGGCCAUCGACUGGCUCACAGGAAACUUCUACUUUGUGGAUGACGUGGACGACAGGAUCUUCGUGUGUGACAAGGACGGGCAGACAUGUGUCACCCUCCUGGACCAGGAGCUGUACAACCCUAAAGGCAUCGCCCUGGACCCCACGAUGGGGAAGGUGUUCUUCACCGACUAUGGUCAGAUCCCUAAGGUGGAGCGCUGCGACAUGGACGGUCAGAACCGCACCAAGCUGGUGGACAGUAAGAUCGUGUUCCCGCACGGCAUCACGCUGGACCUCGUCAGCAGACUCGUGUACUGGGCCGAUGCCUAUCUGGACUACAUCGAGGUGGUGGACUAUGAAGGCAAGAACCGACACACCAUCAUCCAAGGCCUGCUGAUUGAGCACCUCUACGGCCUGACUGUGUUUGAAAACUAUCUGUACGCCACCAAUUCAGACAACGCCAACAUGCAGCCAAAGACCAGCGUGAUCAGGGUCAAUCGCUUCAACAGCACAGACUACCAAGUAGUGACCAGGGUGGAUAAGGGAGGAGCUCUGCACGUUUACCACCAGAGACGUCAGCCUCCAGUGCGGAGCCAUGCAUGUGAGGUGGACCAGAAUGGGAAGGCUGGAGGCUGCUCUGACAUCUGUCUGCUGGGAAACGGCCACAAGACCCGAACCUGCCGCUGUCGCUCUGGAUUCAGUCUGGGCAGCGAUGGCAAGUCCUGCAAAAAACCCGAACACGAGCUCUUCCUGGUCUACGGUAAAGGUCGCCCAGGGGUCAUCAGGGGCAUGGACAUGAACGCCAAGGUGCCAGAUGAGUACAUGAUCCCCAUAGAAAACCUGAUGAACCCCAGAGCGCUGGACUUCCACUCUGAGAGCGAGUUCAUUUACUUUGCCGACGCCACCAGCUACAUCAUUGGACGACAGAAGAUUGACGGGACGGAGAGGGACACUAUUAUGAAAGAAGGGAUCCACACAGUCGAGGGCAUCGCUGUGGACUGGAUGGCCGACAACUUGUACUGGACGGACGACGGCCCCAAGAAAACCAUAAGCGUGGCUCGGCUAGAAAAGGCUUCACAGACGCGCAAAACCCUCAUCGAAGGAAAAAUGACUCACCCUCGGGCCAUUGUUGUUGAUCCUCUGCACGGGUGGAUGUACUGGACGGACUGGGAGGAGGACCCCAAGGAGAGCAAGCGAGGCAAAAUCGAGCGGGCGUGGAUGGACGGCUCCAACAGGAAUGUGUUCCUGACCAGCAAGACUGUGCUGUGGCCCAACGGCCUGAGUCUGGACAUCCCACAGGGCAUCCUUUACUGGGUGGACGCCUUUUACGACCGCAUCGAGAUGGUCUAUCUCAACAGCUCAGAGCGCAAGACGGUGUACGAAGGUCAGGAACUGAACCACGCCUUCGGUCUGUGCCACUAUAAACACUUCCUGUUCUGGAACGAGUACCGCAGCGGCAGCAUUUUCAAGUUGGAUACAACAACCAGCACCGCUACUCUGCUGCGCAAUGAGCGACCGCCCAUCUUUGAAAUCCGCAUGUACGAUGCUCAGCAGCAGCAAGGCUCUAAUGCAUGUCGUGUGUACAACGGAGGCUGCAGCAGUCUGUGUUUGGCCAUACCAGAAGGCAGACAGUGUGCCUGUGCAGAAGAUCAGAUAUUAGACCCAGCCGACAACACCAGCUGCAAAGCCAACCCGUCCUACGUGCCCCCUCCUCAGUGCCAGCCUGGAGAGUUUGCCUGCAAGAACAACCGCUGCAUCCAGGAGCGCUGGAAGUGUGACGGAGACAAUGACUGUCUGGACAACAGUGAUGAGGCUCCUGAGCUGUGCCACCAGCACACUUGCCCCACAGACAGAUUUAAGUGCAAGAACAACCGCUGCAUCCCUCUGCGCUGGCUGUGCGACGGCGACAAUGACUGUGGGAACGACGAGGACGAGUCUAACACCACCUGCUCAGCUCGUACCUGCCCGCCCAAUCAGUACUCGUGUGCUAGUGGGCGCUGCAUCCCUCUUUCGUGGACAUGCGACCUUGACGAUGACUGUGGAGAUCGGUCGGACGAACCCGCCUCCUGUGCCUACCCCACAUGUUUCCCCCUCACCCAGUUCACCUGCAACAACGGACGCUGCAUCAACAUUAACUGGCGCUGUGAUAAUGAUAAUGACUGUGGGGACAACAGUGAUGAGGCAGGCUGUAGUCACUCCUGCUCCAGCGCUCAGUUCAAAUGCAAUAGCGGCCGCUGCAUACCGGAUUACUGGACCUGCGAUGGAGAUAAUGACUGCGGGGACUACAGCGACGAGACGCAUGCAAACUGCACCAAUCAGGCCACACGUCCUCCUGGUGGUUGUCAUACCGACGAGUUUCAGUGUCGUAUGGACAGCCUGUGCAUCCCCCUUCGCUGGCGCUGCGAUGGUGACACAGACUGCAUGGACCUGAGCGACGAGAAGAACUGCGAGGGGGUCACGCAUAUGUGUGAUCCAGCUGUCAAGUUUGGCUGCAGGGACUCUGCACGCUGCAUCAGCAAAGCCUGGGUGUGUGACGGCGACAGUGACUGUGAGGACAACUCAGACGAAGACAAUUGUGAGGCGCUGGUGUGUAAGCUCUCUCAUCAUGUGUGUGCCAACGACUCCACCAUCUGUCUGCCGUCAGAGAAACUUUGUGAUGGUAAAGACGACUGUCCAGAUGGCUCUGAUGAGAAACUCUGUGACCUGUGUUCACUGGACAAUGGGGACUGCAGCCAUAACUGCACAGUGGCCCCUGGCGAGGGUGUGAUCUGCUCCUGUCCACUCGGCAUGGAGUUAGGCUCCGACAAUAAGACCUGUCAGAUCCAGAGUUUCUGUGCCAAACACUUGAAGUGCAGUCAACGCUGUGAACAGGACAAGUUCAGUGUGAAGUGCUCAUGUUACGAAGGCUGGGAGCUGGAGCCUGACAUGGAGAACUGCAAGAGCACAGAUCCUUUCAAGCCCUUCAUCAUCUUCUCAAACCGCCACGAGAUCCGCCGCAUCGAUCUGAAUAAGGGAGAGUUCAGCGUGUUGGUACCAGGCCUGAGAAACACCAUCGCCCUUGACUUCCAUCUCAGCCAGAGCGCCCUCUAUUGGACCGACGUGGUGGAGGAUAAGAUCUAUCGUGGGAAGCUGUCGGAAAACGGCGCUCUCACUAGCUUCGAUGUGGUCAUCCAGUAUGGACUGGCAACCCCCGAGGGUCUGGCUGUGGACUGGAUCGCAGGAAACAUUUACUGGGUGGAAAGUAACCUGGAUCAGAUAGAGGUGGCCAAGCUGGACGGCACCAUGAGGACUACACUGCUGGCCGGGGAGGUGGAGCACCCUCGAGCUAUAGCCCUUGACCCUCGGGACGGGAUCCUCUUCUGGACAGACUGGGACGCCAGCCUGCCACGGAUUGAAGCUGCGUCCAUGAGUGGAGAAGGCAGGAAGACCAUCCAUAAGGAGACUGGUAAUGGAGGCUGGCCCAAUGGACUCACUGUGGAUUAUCUCGAGCGCCGAAUCCUCUGGAUCGAUGCCAGAUCUGAUGCCAUUUAUUCAGCCAAAUACGAUGGUUCUGGGCUCAUCGAGGUUCUGAGGGGACACGAGUAUCUGUCACACCCCUUCGCGGUCACCAUGUACGGGGGAGAGGUUUACUGGACAGACUGGAGGACCAACACACUGGCCAAGGCCAACAAGUGGACGGGGAGCAAUGUCACAGUAGUGCAGAGAACCAACACGCAACCUUUUGACCUCCAGGUCUACCAUCCAUCCCGACAGCCUCAGGCUCCCAACCCGUGUGCAGCUAAAGAUGGAAAGGAGCCGUGCUCUCAUCUCUGUCUCAUCAACUACAACCAGACGUUCUCGUGCUCCUGCCCUCACCUCAUGAAACUGGGCCCUGACAAGCGCACAUGCUAUGAGUCUCGUCAGUUCCUGCUUUACGCCCGCCAGAUCGAGAUCAGAGGAGUGGACAUCGACAACCCAUACUACAACUACAUUAUCUCCUUCACUGUGCCAGACAUUGACAACGUGACAGUGGUGGACUACGAUGCUCUGGAGCACCGCAUCUACUGGUCCGAUGUCCGCACUCAGACCAUCAAGAGAGCUUUCAUUAACGGCACUGGAGUUGAGACUGUGGUCUCUGCUGAUCUGCCCAAUGCACACGGUCUCGCAGUGGACUGGGUGUCCAGGAACCUGUUCUGGACCAGCUACGACGCCAAUAAGAGGCAGAUCAACGUCGCCAGAUUAGACGGCUCCUUUAAAAAUGCUGUCAUCCAAGGCCUGGACAAACCACACUGCCUGGUGCUGCAUCCAAUACUGGGGAAACUCUACUGGACAGAUGGAGACAACAUCAGCAUGGCCAACACAGACGGCGGCAACCGGAGCGUCCUCUUCACCAAUCAGAAGGGCCCUGUCGGUCUCUCCAUCGACUUCGACACGGAGCAGCUUUACUGGAUCAGCUCAGGAAACAGCACCAUCAACCGCUGCAAACUGGAUGGCUCAGGACUGGAGGUGCUGGACGGUGUCAAGGGGAAGCUGACCAAGGCCACCGCUCUGGCCAUCAUGGGAGAGAAGUUGUGGUGGGCGGAUCAAGGAACAGACCAGAUAGGAACCUGUGACAAGAAUGAUGGUGGAAACUGGAAAAUCCUGAGGAACAGCACAUCCCCCAUGAUGCACAUGAAAAUCUACAAUGAAACUGUGCAGAAAGGCACUAAUCUUUGCAGUAUUAACAAUGGAGACUGUUCCCAGCUGUGUCUCCCCACCUCCCUGACCACCAGAGCCUGCAUGUGCACAGCAGGAUACAGCCUGCGCAGGGGACAGCAGUCUUGUGAGGGAGUUGGAUCUUUCUUGUUGUACUCUGUGCAUGAGGGCAUACGUGGUAUUCCUCUGGACCCAUCUGACAAGUCUGAUGCCCUCGUACCGGUGUCAGGCACUUCCUUAGCUGUCGGCAUAGAUUUCCAUGCUGAUAAUGACACUAUCUACUGGGUGGAUAUGGGCCUGAGCACCAUCAGCAGGGCCAAGAGAGACCAGACCUGGAGAGAGGAUGUGGUAACUAAUGGCAUUGGCAGAGUAGAAGGCAUCGCUGUUGACUGGAUAGCAGGAAACAUCUACUGGACAGACCAAGGGUUUGAUGUGAUCGAGGUUGCCAGAUUGAACGGCUCCUUCCGCUACGUGGUGAUCUCCCAGGGCCUCGACAAGCCUCGUGCCAUCACCGUCCACCCAGAGAAAGGCUACUUGUUCUGGACAGAGUGGGGUCAGUAUCCACGUAUCGAGCGGUCUCGUCUGGAUGGUUCUCAGAGGGCCGUUCUGGUCAAUGCCAGUAUCAGCUGGCCCAACGGUAUCUCCAUCGACUAUAAGGAGAGUCUGCUGUACUGGUGCGAUGCCAGGACCGACAAGAUUGAGCGAAUCAACCUUGAAACAGGAGAAAACAGGGAAGUGGUGCUGGCCAACAACAACAUGGACAUGUUCUCUGUGUCGGUGUUUGAGAGCUACAUUUACUGGAGUGACAGGACACAUGCUAAUGGCUCCAUAAAGAGAGGCAACAAGGACAAUGCCACAGAGUCUGUAUCUCUGAGGACUGGUAUUGGGGUACAGCUAAAAGACAUCAAGGUUUUCAACAGGGCCAGACAACAAGGUAAACACUGUGGUUUACUGUGGACAGGACAAACUUUAUACCACAUUGGGGAACUUGUUACAGCACAAAUAUGUCAGAAUGAGGUAGACAAGCAUGUGAAGUAUAGAAUACAAUACAAUGGGCAAUGA